GAGGUAAGAAUGUCCACAUACGCAUAUUGGAUGGUAUACGUCGUGCUCUUCCCUGUCCUCGGUAAAUGGUGGCCGAGUGGCGCCUGUAUGGACCGACCUGGUGCAACUCGGGAGGCGCAUACGGGAUGCACUCUCUCUAACCCAGUAGGAGGUGCCACGGUCUCACUCCUCUCACUCUCCCGUCGACUUGCUGUCUCACCACCCAUCUCUCUAGGGCUCUCCCAUCCCUCUGUUUAUGGAGCGUGGGUUUCCCAUACCAAGACCAAUACGGCGAUUGCUGCACAUCGCUCUGGUAAUGAGUAUUGAUCGAUCGAUCCGUCGCCAAGCCUUGUUCAAAUCUUAAUUAUGUCGUCGCUGGUCGAUCUGUCUUAACAUGGAUGGCCCCGAAUCCACCUCUCUGCUCUAUCCGGGAACAUGGGCCUGGUUAUUUGAUCCCCUCCCGGGCGAUCCAUCCAUGUUUCUUCUUUCCUCCCGAAGCUUAAUUCGACCGUCUCGGGCAGGGGUAACCGUGCCAAGAACUAAGAUCGACUCAGGG